GUAAGUUAAUAACAACAAAGAAUUUGGCAAUUUUCUUAUAUUAUUCGGUAAAGCUGUUUGAAACAAAUACGUCCUUUGUCGUUUCAUUCGCAUUGACCAAGACACAUACAUAUGGGCAGUAGCGUCAUCUUACAGCUGGCGCGAAAGUACGGUGCAGUGAUAUUCUUUCCAACUGUUGCAGUCGGCUCCAUCUACGCAGACUGGUCCCAUACACGCGCUUGGAAACGCCAACAACUGCUAGCAGCACAGAGCGCGGCGCUGAAGAGUCAAAGCUAAAUCAAAUAUAACACAAA